CGACGAUACCCCCAACGUACGGUUCGAAGACGCAGCUCAUGACUUUUUGGAUUCUGGUCCUCAACCUGUUCUUCUUCUUGUCUCAUGUUCUUGCGCUCGGAAGCGGUACUCGCCAAGGCCUACAUCUACCGCUGAUCAGGAAAGAAGUCCGGCGUGGGGGGUUGCAAAAGCGCGCGGGAAAUGCGAGCAUCGGCUUAGGCGACUUCCUGGACGUAACGUAUAAUGUACUCGUGCAAGUCGGAGGAGUCGAAACGCCGUUGGUACUAGAUACCGGCUCUGCAGACCUCUGGGUCAUCUCGGACACCUGCGUUGGCAACUGCACCUCUACAGUUCCACUCUAUUCACAGACUACCUUCCAACCAUCUGGCCUGACUGUUCAGCUACUCUAUGGCGACUCUAGUACUGGUACGCAAGCGUCUGGGCCUAUCGGUAAAGACACUGCAGGCAUCGCUGGACUAUCUUUGCAAGACCAAUAUUUUGCUGCUGUCGUUAACACAAACACUACUGUUCUGGAGACUGGUUCUGCCGGAAUUCUGGGACUUGGGUUCCCCGCGAUCAGCGUGGUGUGGCGACAAUUAAUCCAAGCACAGAUGAACGGCGUGCCUAUAGCAAAGAGCAAGCGAGUCCUAACAGACCUCAAUUAUCGCCGCCCAUCCUUCCCAUCCUUCGACUUCAUGCUCAGCCCCGUCCCGCCCCAAGCGCACGCGAAAAGGCAGAACUCAACCGUGUUGUCGUCUCCAGAGUUCAUCGAAUCCUUUGCCACACUGGGUCCGCUGUUCGCACGCCUCAUCAGCCAGCAUGCGCUGGCGCAGCCGAUGUUUGCAACGACGCUCCAGCGCGACUCAAUCGACAUCGGCGGGAACAUUGGACAGCUGUCCAUAGGUGAACUACCUUCUGGUAUACAAUCGGACAGCUUGACAUGGGUACCGCUUCGCGCAUAUACGCCGGCAGAGCAUGGUCUACCUCCCUCCACUGCUGCGCCAAACGAGGUCUACCCACUCGUCUGGGAGAUUGCUGUUGAUGACGUCUUCUUUGACGGCGAGAAGCUUGCGCGCUCUGCGCUGUCCUCACCAUCGAUCACCCUUUCGGCCCUGGUCGACACGGGUAACUCGCUUAUCCGCGGACCUCAGGAUGUCAUCACAUCGAUCUUUAGCUCGAUCGGCGGCGAGUCCUUUGACUGCUCAGAUCCGCACAACUUGACGUUCCUGAUUGGCGGCAAGCCCUUCACUGUCGACCCGCGGGACUUCAUCCGCCAGACCACCUCAGACUCCGACGAACCUGCGUGCACCGCGAACCUCGCCGUCACUGAUCCGCCCAGCACGGACGGGUUCCUGUACAGCUGGAGCUUGGGCGAUCCGUUCUUGAAGUCCGUCCUCGCCGCCUUCUACUAUGGCAACCUCACGAAUCCGUCCCAAGAUCCGCCGCGGAUCGGUCUGCUUUCUACCGUCCCCAGCGAUGGCGGCGAGCAGCUGAAAGAGGCCAUCUCGGCCGCCGAGGCUGCCCAUGCCCCUCUAACCGCCACGUCCGAUCCCGCGCCAUCCGGUACAUACGUCGCCUUGACGACGGGCGUCGGUGGCGUGCCACAGGCCACCGCUAUGCCGUUCAGUAACACGGACACGGACACGCCGGCAAACUCUGGGCGAGCUGUGCAUGGCACUGUUUCUACGACGUUGUCGCUAGCGCUUGGUCUGUUAGCAGCAACGCUGACAUUCUUUUGAUUUGAACAUUGAAGAGUCGCGAUCGAGCAUGUUUAUUGGACUCAUAGCUGUGUAUCAAGGUAGUGUAGCUUUGUACGGUAAUCGUAAUGAUCGUGAA